AUGCUGCGAACUACCCGUGCUGUGAAGCCUCUCAAGGCCAUCACCACCUCCGUGCGGUUCAUGAACUCGUUCGAGAACCUGGCCCAGGACGUCAACAUCACCCGGUCCGGCAAGACUCUGAUUGCCAAGGGUACCGGUGGCCGGUCGUCUCGAACCGGCUACACCGCGACCGUGUUUGGAGCCAACGGCUUCCUGGGCAGCUACCUGACUGCCAAGCUGGCCAAGCAUGGAACCACGGUGGUGGUGCCGUACCGAGAGGAGAUGGCCAAGCGACAUCUCAAGGUGACCGGAGACCUGGGCGUGGUCAACUUUUUGGAAAUGGACCUGCGAAACCUGGAGUCCAUCGACGAGGCGGUGCGUCACUCGGACAUUGUGGUCAACCUGAUUGGCAGGGAGUACGAGACCAAGAACUUCAACUACUACGACGUGCACGUUGAGGGAGCCCGACGAAUCGCAGAGGCAGUCAAGAAACACAACAUUGCUCGAUACAUCCACGUGUCUGCGUUCAACGCCGAGAUUGACUCGCCCUCCGAGUUCAACCACACCAAGGGUCUGGGCGAGCAGGUCACCAAGGACAUUGUGCCCUGGGCCACCAUUGUGCGACCGGCCCCCAUGUUUGGACGGGAGGACAAGUGGUUCCUGGACCGAAUGGCCCGAUCGCCCUGUCUGGUGUCCGCCAACAAGUUCCAGGAGACCUCCAACCCCGUGCACGUGAUUGACGUGGCUGCCGCUCUCGAGCGAAUCUGCUUCGACGACUCCACCGUUGCCCAGACCUUUGAGCUGUACGGCCCCCAAAAGUUCACCCAGAAGCAGAUCAUUGACAUGGUUUCCGAGACCCUGCGAAAGGAGGUACGACACAUUGAGCUGCCCAAGGCUCUGUACCAGGCUUACACCAAGGCCACCCAGGCCAUCUGGUGGCCCACCUACUCCCCCGACCAGGUCGAGCGACAGUUCCUGAGCCAGAAGAUUGAUCCUUCUGCUAAGACCUUCAACGAUCUGGACCUGACCCCCAUGGAGCUGCCCGAUCUCAUGUUCAAGCUGAUUCGACCCUACCGAGUCAACACCUUCCAGCAUGAUGUGUCGCAGCUGGAGAACAAGGAGAAGACUUUUGUUCAUAUUCUUGACUAG